ACAACGUUUGCCUUCACUUAAUCGACAAAAUUUAAACAGAGUUCUUUGAAUAAAAUUGGGAAUCAAAGCGGAAUCCAAGAGUUACAAAAUUAUCGUUUAGAAUGACCAGGGGCGUGAGGAUAUCCAACGACGGAAUGUCGAGGAUGCAGAAUGAAGGGCAAUAUUCUCGAGGAGUACUCGAAACGCCCCAAAAGAGACAAAAAUCGAAUGUGAAACCAUCCAGAAAACCAUUGCAAUCAUUACAAAUGGCCAGUCGAAAUUUGAGCCACACGAGUUUGAAAAAGAAAGGAAUCCUGAUGUCUGAGGAGGACUUGAGUGCCCUGGUGCAGCGGGAUUAUAAGACGGAGAAGUACCACACCGAUCGGCAAACCUUGGCCGAUAUAAUCCUGUUGCAGGCUCGGCGCAUCGAGAAGCAGAAGCGAGAAAUGCAGCGAAUAAAGGUCCACUAUGAGCGGCAGGUGUCCACCAUCAAGAACAAUGCCUCCAUGCUGGAGACCCACCUGCAAAAGCUGCUAACCAGUGUGCGUCAGGAUCGGGCCCAGCGGAUCGGCGAUCACUACCAGAACAUGUCCAGUGCCGUGGAGAAGUUGCAGAAGUGCGACCUCAGAGUCAAGCCACAAUCCGUGUCUAACCAAGUGCUCAUCAACUUCCUCAACUCUAAAGCCAUUUCACAUCCGUCCAGAAGCCCUAAUGAAAAAAUGCGUACCUACAGGAAUAGGUUGUGAACUGUAUUCCUGUGUGUACAUUAUCUUUUCAUUAGAUCUUCUGACCAGUUCCGACUUUAAUUCAGGGCUAGAAAUCUCUAUAAUUGUACCAAUAAAGUAUUAUAUUAUUA